ACGAAAGGUCAAAACCGUAAAAGACAAUUUACUGUAUAACUUUUCCAAACGAACGCCGAAUAUUUUGGACUAAAGUUUCAUCCUAUGUUCACUGAUAGAAAAAAAAAAAAAAAAAUCCUAUAAAUUGUUUGGCUCCUGAAGUGAAGACUCAUUAGUCAUCACAUUCGUGAAAGUGAAACUCAGCGAGAGAGAGACAGAGAGAGAGAGAUGGGAGACACAGACACUCUGGCUGCUUUGAGGGCUUUAAUGGCGUCUCACUCUCCGCCUCUCGAUGCCUUAAUCGUCCCUUCCGAAGAUUACCAUCAGAGCGAGUAUGUAUCUGGGCGAGACAAGAGGCGUGAAUUCGUUUCUGGGUUCUCUGGAAGUGCUGGUCUGGCACUUGUAACGAUUAAUGAAGCGCGGCUUUGGACAGAUGGGCGCUAUUUUUUACAGGCAACUCAAGAACUUAGUGACCAGUGGACACUUAUGCGCAUGGGAGAAGAUCCUAAUGUCGACAUCUGGAUGGCAGAUAAUCUGCCUGAAAAUGCUGCCAUUGGUAUCGAUCCUUGGUGCAUAUCGAUAGACACAGCGCAAAAAUGGGAACGUGCCUUUGUCAAGAAAGGACAGCAGUUGGUACAGACGUCCACGAAUUUGGUAGAUGAGGCUUGGAAAGAUCGACCUCCUGUGGAGAUAAACCCUGUCAUUGUCCAUCCAUUGGAAUUUGCUGGUCGCUCUGUAGAAGAGAAGUUGAAGGAUCUAAGACAGAAGCUUAUACAGGAAAAAGCUCGUGGUAUAAUCUUCACAGCACUUGAUGAGGUUGCUUGGCUAUAUAAUAUUCGUGGGAGUGAUGUGUCCUACUGUCCAGUAGUCCAUGCAUACGCAAUAGUGACAUCAGAUUCGGCUUUCAUUUAUGUGGACAAGAGGAGGGUUUCUUCCGAGGUAACUCGUCACUUGGAGGAGAAUGGCAUUGAAGUUCGGGAGUACAGCGCAGUGGGCUCAGAUGUCAGCUUGCUUGCAUCUGAUCAGCUCAAACCUGGUGAGGCCAAGAUUGUGGGAAAUGGUAGUUAUGAAGAAGAAGAUAACAAUUACGAGCUUGUAUGGGCUGACCCUGGUUCAUGCUGCUACGCUCUGUAUACAAAACUGAACUCUGAAAAAGUCCUUUUGCAACAAUCACCUUUGGCCCUUGCAAAAGCUUUAAAGAACCCAAUCGAGUUGGAUGGACUAAAGAACGCACAUAUUCGGGAUGGUGCAGCUGUUGUGCAAUAUCUUGUCUGGUUGGAUAAGCAGAUGCAGGAGAUAUACGGUGCUUCUGGUUACUUUUUGGAGGGGGAGAGAGCAAAUAAGAAAAAGAGAUUGGAAUCAACAAAGCUAACAGAAGUGACUGUGAGUGAUAAACUGGAAAGUUUUCGAGCCUCGAAAGAGCAUUUUAGAGGCUUAAGUUUUCCUACUAUUUCUUCCGUUGGUCCAAAUGCUGCGAUCAUCCAUUAUGGGCCACGUGCAGAAACUUGUGCUGAACUCGACCCAGAUAGCAUCUAUCUUUUUGAUUCAGGAGCACAGUACUUGGAUGGAACAACUGACAUAACAAGGACAGUUCAUUUUGGAAAACCAUCAGCGCAUGAAAAAGCUUGCUACACAGCUGUCCUCAAAGGUCAUAUAGCACUUGGGAAUGCUCGGUUUCCUAAUGGAACUAAUGGUCAUGCCCUUGACAUUCUUGCACGAGUUCCAUUGUGGAAGAAUGGUCUUGAUUAUCGACAUGGUACUGGCCAUGGAAUUGGAUCUUACCUAAAUGUUCAUGAAGGACCGCAUUUGAUUAGUUUUAGACCACAAGCUCGAAAUGUGCCACUUCAAGCCACCAUGACUGUAACAGAUGAACCUGGUUACUACGAGGAUGGGAAAUUCGGUAUAAGGUUGGAGAAUGUGCUUAUAGUCAAGGAAGCUGACACAAGAUUCAAUUUUGGUGACAAAGGUUACUUAUCAUUUGAGCAUAUAACCUGGGCUCCAUAUCAAAGAAAGCUGAUAGACUUGAGCCUGUUAUCACCUGAAGAGUUGGAUUGGCUGAAUUCCUACCAUUCAAAGUGUAAGGAUAUUCUAGCUCCGUACCUGGACGAAUCCGAGAAGGCAUGGCUUAAGAAAGCCACUGAGCCGAUUACCGCAAGAACUUGGAUGCUUUUUCAAAUCAUCGACGUCAAAAAUCUUGUUUCAAAUAGAAAAUUAUUGACAAAUAUUGCUUCACAACGACAAGAACCAUGGAUAUAGAGCGAUUAAGGUGUGAAUGUGUGACAGAGAGUGAGGAGGUAAAAAGAAAAGGAUGCAGAAAAGAAACAAUAAGGGGUGGGAGUUUUUAUUUUUUUUUAUUUUUU